GCAAACCACAAUGUGGGACUUCACUUAAUUUUAAGCAUCCCAUUCCUUAUGGCCAUUGAUUUAUUCCAUAGCAAUGAUAUUAGAAUAUGUACAGUUACACUCUUUGUGCAAACCCUACCACCAAACUGUUUUGAAUCAAAGAAGCACCAAAGAGUUAGUUUUAAAUCUCUUUUUCACUCUUCUUCAAGACAAAUUUCAAGGAAAGAAUGGGAAUAAAGGUUACUGUAGGUUCUUCAAUAAUCAAAUUCUUGGCCAUGAUUUCAAUUCAUGCUUUGCUUCUCCCAUGGUUUAAUUUGCCCUUUAAAGGUAGAACAAAGCCCUUCAGAAAAUUUCCACCAGCAAAUACUGAGCCAAGGAAGGGAAAAAAAAAUAAUAAAAAAAAAAAACAAACCAUUUCCACCACAGCAAAACCAAACCAUAAACAAUGGCAGCAGACACAGUUGUUUCCUUUGUGAUAAAUCAGCUUACAACAAUUCUCUCUGAAGAAGGACGUCUCUGGGGUGGGAUCAGAGAAGGGGUCCAGAGCAUCAAAGAUGAACUAGGUCAUAUGAGAGCAUUCCUCGAAGCCGCAGAAGCCAGAGAGGAUGAUAAUCCCAGAGUUCAAGAAUGGAUCAAGCAAGUGCGCGACGCUGCUUACGACAUUGAGGAUCUGCUGGAUGAAUUCACAUUUCUAUUUGCUCACCGCCAUGAAAAAGGAUUCUGCGGCCGCUGCAAAAGAGCUUGCCUGGGGAUAAAGAAGUUGAAAGCUCGUCGGAACAUUGCUGGUGAGAUACAAAGCAUCAAGAACAGAAUCACAAACAUCUCAGACGCGCACAUGAGGUACAGCCGCAUUGAAAACAAUUUUCCCCACCAUGUUGCGCCGGUGCCUGUUCCUUCCACCAUAAACGCCUGGUGGAAAGAUGAACUCCUGGAGGGAAAACCAAAGCUGGUUGGCAUCCAGGAGCCUAAACAGAAGCUCGUUUCUGAGCUCCUUGAAGGCGACGCCGGCCUCAAAGUUAUCUCAGUGGUUGGUAUGCAGGGGAUAGGGAAAACAACUUUAGUUAAGAAAGUUCAUGAAGAUCCAGAAGUGAGGAAUCAAUUCCCCAUCAGAGCUAUGGUUACAGCCGACCAGAAUUACACCACAGUGGGGCUCUUCAAGGACUUGGUUCGGCAGAUAUAUGAGCAAAUCAAGAAGCCAAUUUCAAACAUAGUGGAAUCCAUUCCAGGCGUUGAUGGUCUGAGAUCAUUCAUCAGAGAUUUGCUCCAGGAGAAAAGGUAUGUCAUUAUCGUUGAUGAUGUAAGUGACGUAAAUUCCUGGAAUUCAAUUAAAUCUGCAUUGCCUGAGAGUAGUAACGGUAGCCGUGUUAUGUUAACAACACGAAUGCCUGAAGUUGCACAAGCAUCAGGCCUAGGCACACAUCAUGUUCACAAAAUGAAGCCUUUGUCUCCUGAAGAGUCAUGGAACCUGUUUUGUAAUAGAACUUUCAAAGAUAAUAACUGCCCUUACCACUUGAAGCAUAUUGCACAAGAUAUAUUGAGUAAAUGUGAGGGCUUGCCCCUGGCCAUUGUCACAAUGGGUGGGCUUUUGGCUUCGAAAGACCAUAACAAUGUCGGAGAAUGGGAGAUGGUCCAACGUAGUAUUGGAGGGGAAGAAGAUGGGUUAGAUGAGCUGGAUAGGGUCAAAAAAUUGAUUCAUCUCAAUUACAAAACCUUACCUUCACAUCUUAAGAAUUGCUUAUUGUACAUGAGCAUUUUCCCUAAAGACUGUGAUGUACAAUGUCACCACCUAAUCCAACUCUGGAUAGCUGAAAGAUUUGUGAAAGGGAGAGGAAUGAUGACAUAUGAGGAAGUAGCAGUAGAAUAUCUUAAGGAACUCAUUAGAAGAAGCUUAGUACAAAUAGUUGAAUUGUCUUGGGACGGAUCGCCCUACCAGUGCCGCGUCCAUGACCUUGUGAGAGAAAUGAUCCUGUGUAAAUCACAGGAGCAGAAUAUGAUGACGGUAGUUCCUGAACAACAUACUAGGGAGACUGAGAAGGUCUAUCGUCUUGUUGUCCAUGAUUUCUGGCAUAGAACCCUUGAAAGGCAUAAUUUCAACCAUCUUCGAUCCUUAAUCACCUUUGGAACUUUAGAGUGUCUUCAAGAUAUGUUAGGUGAGCUUAUGUCGAGUAAGUUGCUGAAAGUACUCGAUCUCAGAGGAGCAAAGUUGGAGGAAAUUCCGAAAGGUGUUUUUUACUUGCAUCAUCUAAAGUACUUGUCUUUAAGAGGCACAAAGGUGAAAAAUAUCCCCAGGUCCAUCAAGAAGCUUCAAAACUUAGAACAUCUACAUUUGGGUGAAACUAGUGUGAGAGAAUUGCCAAUGGAAAUCCUCAAACUACAUAAACUUCGGCACCUCAGGGUCUUUCAAGUAGUUGAUUCCCCAGAUUCUGGGUAUCAAUUUCAUGGAUUUAAACCUCCGUCAAACAUUGGAGAGCUUGUUUUCUUGCAUACAUUACUGUACAUAGAUGCACAGAAUGACAAAACAACAAUAGUUGGAGAACUAGGGAAGCUCAUCCAUUUAAGAGAGUUAGGGAUUACCAACCUCAGAAAAGAAGAUGGAAAAGAACUGUGCUCCUCCCUUAAGAAACUUACCAACCUUCAUGAGUUGGAUGUUGCUGCAAUUCAGAAAGAUGAAGUCAUUGAUAUGAACUUUCCUCUCGCUCCGUCAUCUCUUCAAUAUCUUCGCGGGCUAACCUUAAGAGGUAGGUUAGAAAGGUUACCGCCAUGGAUAAAUCAGCUCCACAGUGUAAUGAAGAUUGAGCUCAUUUGGAGCAGGUUAAGCACUGAUGAUGACCCCCUUGUAUCCCUUCAGCAUUUGCCCAAUUUGGUUGAGAUUUGUCUCACUGAAGCUUCUGAAAAAGAAAAGCUUCAUUUCACCUCUGGAGGGUUUAAGAAGCUGGAAACAUUGGAGCUCAGCAAUAUGAAUGAACUAAAAAGGGUGAUGAUCGAGAAGGGCUCCAUGCCUCGUCUGAAGCGCCUCUACUUGUCUGAACUUCCAUCACUUGAGGAGUUGCCUUUGGGUAUUGAAAACUUGAGACAGGUUCAAUCUCUGCAUCUGAUUAACCUGAAUCCUGCAUUGAAUGAUAGGCUGCUGAAUGAGGACAACAAGAGUGAAGAAAUAUGGAAAACUGCACACAUCCAAGAAGUCCUUGUGGCUUUCUCGAUGAAUGGUGAAUGGAAAGAAUGCCAGCUCUAGGCAACGAAUAAAGCAAGAAUAAUCUUCAGACUUCUUCCCUGUAGAUUUCAUUCAGUAUUAUGCAAUAAUCCAAUAAAUCUGUGCUCCAAAGUUCUGCACAUACUGGAUAAUUCAUUUGUACCUCUGGAAAUGAAUAAAGAUUUAUUUUUUUUCUUGUUUAGAUAAAUAAGAAUGGUACGAGUCUUAAUCAUACAAGAGUUCUUGUUUCCUAC